AUGGACGAGGACUUCUCGACGAUUGCAAGUGAGCUCAGGAUAUGGUCUUUCUAUGAGACCAUCGACUCCCAGCUUUCAGGCUCUGGGUCUACGAGUAGAGGCUUGGCGAAGGAGGUUCGAUUCGGUGCCCCCAUUGCUUCCAUCAAGUCAUCGUUACUCGGCGUUAGGCAGGAGCGAGUCUUCUCGCUGGACAGUGAACAUGCGAAUUGCGCAUCUUUUGGUGAGGGUAACACCGAAACGAUGAACACCUACCUGCAUGAACUCUCUGCUGCGGUCCAAAAAGCUACGGAACUGAGCUCCCAGUACAUCCACACUCCGCUAAACCUCAAGAGACAUGUUAAGGUUGAAAUCAUUGGCUUCUAUGAGGACCCAGAUGCAGAUAUGGACUUCAUCUCCAAGAGUUUCUGGACAAAGGUCCUGAACGAUGCUUGGAAGAACGACUGA